AAUUCAAUCGUCUCUAACCUCCAUUUCUAGCACGCCCUUCAAUCCCAAAACCAUAAUUAUUCAUCUCCCUCUCCCUUUUCUUCUUCUCUAUCUCUUUCUUCCAUGGCUGCCUCAAUUUCUCCCCUCAUCAACUGAUUCUUCCCCUGACAAAGUUGGAAUCAACCUGGAAAUUCAACGAUUUCUGAAUCAGUCAAGGGAGUUUGGACAUUAAUAAGGGAAGUUCAUGGCAAUGGGGAGAGAGGAAGUCUCACCACAGGACUUCAAAACCACUAAAAAUGAUUGGAUUCAACACGCCAAGAAGAAUAAGAUACGUCUUCCUCAAGGCUCCUUUACUGACUUUGAGUGGAAAGAUUAUUGUCCAGCAGUUUUCAGAAACAUACUAGAGCUAGAGAAAAUAGAGUAUGCUGACUAUAUGUUGUCCAUUUGUGGGGAUGAGACUCUAAGAGAAGUUUCUUCGCCCGGAAGAAUUGGCAACGUGAUAUUUCUCUCAAAUGACAACAGAUUUGUGAUAAAAACCCUGCGAAAAUCUCAAGUCAAGGUUCUGAGGGACAUGCUUCCUAAAUACUAUCAACAUCUAAAAAAGUACGGCUCGUCAUUGUUGACCACAUUAUAUGGACUUCACGUAGUGAGACCCGUCGGAGGUACUAAGGUUUACUUUGUGGGCAUGUCAAACGUCUUGCAAUCAGAUUUGCACUUGCAUCGGCGAUACGAUCUCAAAGGUUCGUCGAGAGGUCGGAAUUUUAACAAAGUGAUAGUCCAUGAGGAGAUAAUCUAUAAAGAUAUUGAUCUUGAUUUCUACUUUUACCUCGAUCCGUCCCUCCGUAACAAGAUAUUGUCGCAACUCAAGUAUGAUUGCGAGUUUCUGGAGGCUGAGGGCAUUAUGGACUACAGUCUUUUCCUUGGUGUGCAUAUAGAUGCCUCCUCGUGUCAAGACUCAUUAGACAGGAGAAAUUCUGUUUCUGGAACGAGGACAACUCGACAUGAGAGUCCAGAGUUCACUGUUGCUGGCAUUCUUAAACAUAAUGGCAGGCUUGGUGCAAAACUUCCUGCAAAUGCGGUCCGAACGCCAAGGAACGAGAUGGGAAUCGUUUCUUCACCAAGCAGGGUCAGGGUGCCAGAGUGCUACAAUGUAUUGCUAUACUUUGGAGUAAUAGACAUUUUCCAGAAUUACAAUGUGAUCAAGCGUCUAGAACAUGCUUACAAAUCUAUACAAUAUGAUUCCAAGACAAUCUCAGCUGUUAACCCCAAAGUAUAUUCUUCUCGCUUCCAGGAUUUCCUCAGCAAAGUGUUCUUAGCAAGAGAAUCAACCUAAAACUGGAACUUCGAGUGUUGAUCCAUGUGGAGUCAACCCAGUUGUAGUUUGAUGUUGGUUCGAGCGAGCUAGCUAGUGGUAGCAGACACUGAUAGCGGUCGUGAUUGAUGUUGUUCGACAAGGAAUGUUUUAGGCUGAUGAACAAGGCUUCAAUUACGAUCUUUGGCGUUGAUGUAUUACAUAAAUAGUAUGAUUGAUGCUGGGUUUGUAGCGUCCAUCUUAAAUUUAAAUCUAAUAUUUCAUUUAUUAUUUCAUUUAAAUUCAAUUCAUGUUCUUCCU